AUGAAGCAUUCAUAUGCACAUAAUAUUAUGAAGAGACUUGCAAUCGCAACCUUAGUUGCCUCAUCCGCUCUCUCCUUCACACAUGCAUCAUCCCCGCCAUCUGAAUCCCCCUCCGCAGAAACAGAACUUAUAUGCCACACCGACAACCCCGCCGAAUGCUAUCCAAAAGUCUUCUCCGCCACAGAGGACUUCCAACCCGUCCACGACGACCAGGAUCUUCCCCCCGGCCUACACGUCCAGCUCGACGUCCAGACCGGCCAGAAACAAGCCAAGCUGUAUAACCCCGCGGAAGAAAAUCCUGCUGCCCUGGAAGGCUUACCAGUAGACCGGUCCGUCGUCGUCGUCGACCCCGAAACACCCCAGGACGACGACGACGACGACGACAACGACCAGCCCCGAAUCCCCCCCGGCGCCCCGGCCUACGAGCCCGUAGGCGUAGUCAAGGCGCCGAAGGAGAAAAACGAGGGUUUCACCUCGGCCCUCGAAACAGUGAAGAAAUCUUCUUCUUCAGGGACCACCGUCAACCCCGACGAUCUCGACAAAGCCCUAGAGGACCUAGAAGAUCUCUCCCACGGGAUAUACUACGGCCUGCAAAUCGCCUCCGACCCCGCCGUCCUGCACGCGCUCUUCUGCCUGCUCGCCGCGCGCGACCCAGCGCAGGCCCAGCGGCCGCUAUCCCAGCGCACCGACUUCCUCGCCUCCGCCAUCCUCGCGUCUUCCGUGCGCAACAACAAGCCCGCGCUGCGCGCCGUAGAGCAGGCCUGGGACUCCCUUCUCGAGAAAAAUUGCCCGUCUAACGCCUCCCCCGCAUCCCUGAGAUCAGAGCUCUUCUCCGCGCUGCAACCUACUGCGACGGCCGGCUCGCCGGACGAAUCCGCCGAGGCGUACGCUGCGCGUCUGAGUCUCGCCGUGCUAGACGGCUUGCUGAAGAGCCCGCUGGUCGCGGCGCAGUUCCUCGCGCACGGCGGCAUGCGGCACUUCCUAGAGAUACUGCAGCGGACGGACCCGGUCUGGGACGCGCGCAAGGCCAAGGUCGCGCGCAUUGUAUCCGAUGUCUUCCUCGACGAGGAAGUCGGCGCCGUGCUCGGCGUGUGGCCGACGAGCGCAAGCGUAACCGAAGCUAGCGUGUGCGAAGCUGGGGGGCCGGAUUCGUUGGAAGAAGGGUGUUGGGAGUACCACUUGGAAGUUAUUAGCCAAGGUCCGGACGCCCCGGGUUGGAGCCAGCCGCUCCUCGAUUUGCUGAGGCGGAGACGGGGGGAGAAGCCGGGGGCGCAGCGGAGGCGGGAUGAAUUAUAA